AUGGCUCCAGGACCUGACUGGAAUAAACUGAUGAAGCUUGACCCGGAGGACCUGGGAAAAAAUGCAGAUGAAACAAUGGAUGUGAUAUUGAAGGUCAAGCCACGGGACUUGAAGGACAGUGGAUCUGAGCAAAUGCUUCAGCUUUUUAGAAUCUCCCAGACCCUUGUGAAGUUGAAAGUGGAGGAAGUUAACUGUGCCUGUGAUGUCAUCGACAAAGCUGGUGCAGAGCAAGCAAGAAUGGAAAAUGAACUUCGCGCCAAAAUCUUUAAGUUGGAAAAUGAACUCGAGAUGGCUCAUCAGUCGGCGGGGGGGCGAGGCACCCACUUCCUGCGGGAUGAAAUUCGCCAACUGGAGAGUCACUUGGAGCGCAGAGAGAAGGAGCUGGUCCAGCUGGAGAAGGAAAUGACUAAAGAGAGGAAGGCAAACGAGGAGUUGUCCCUCCGAGCGGAGGAGGCAGAGGAAGAAAACAGGAAGCUGAAAAGAGAGAUAAAGAAGCUUAAGAAAAAGAAUGAGCAGCUCCAUCAGGACGUGGACUUCUACAGGAGAGAGCUGGAUCAGAAAGAGCCGGUCCAGUCGAGGGAAGAAAGCAGUGAGACUCAAAAGAAGCUGAACGCUGCCAACCGUCAGUUGUACCAGUGCCUGGAGGAGCUGCAGCGUGCUGAAGGUGAUGUCGCCCACCUGAAGAGUGAGAACGAGCACCUGCAGCAGAAUCUAGAGGAGUCGGUGAAGGAGAUGGAGAAAAUGACAGACGAAUACAACAAGAUGAAGAUCGUGGUGCAGCAGACGGAUGGCAUGAUGGACCAGCUGAGAAAAGAAAGAGACCAAGCCAAGCUUCAGGUGAGAGAACUGACAGAACAGAUUCAGAGAAGGGCUGAGGAGGAUGAUCCAGUCAUGGCGACAGUCAACGCCAGAGUGGAUGAGUGGAGGAAAGUGCUGUCAGGGAAGGAUGAGGAGAUCUUGGAGUACCAGCAGAUGAUCAGAGAUCUGAGAGAGAAGCUAAGAGUCUCCCAAAUGGACUCGGACAAGCGAAACAUCAUUGCACUCCAGCAGGCUGUCCAAGAGAGAGACAAUCAGAUUAAAAUGCUGUCUGACCAGCUGGAGCAGUACACUGCUGAAAUGGAGAAGAACGCAGCACUCAUCGAGGAACUGAAGAAGCCAAUAAAGAAAGAUAAAGGGCUCCUGUCAAGCGUGCAGCAGAGGAAGACGGAGGAGCUGAGGAUUAAGCUCCAGGCUGCCGAGACAAGAGCUCUGGAGGCCGAGCGGGUAGCCGAACUGGCCGAGACAGACGCCAGAGACAAGGACAAAGAGCUCAGCGACACGCUUCAACGAAUGAGACUCUACGAAUCCGGCACGGAUGGUCUGGAAACUGCCAUCGGCGAGAUCAAAGACUGUAAAAACCAGAUCAGAGUGAGAGACCGAGAAAUAGAAGUUAUGACUAAAGAGAUUAACCGGUUAGAGUUGAAAAUCAACGACCUUCUGGACGAAAAUGAGGACCUGAGAGAGAGGCUUGGUCUAAAUCCAAAAGAAGAAGUGGAUGUAACUGAAUUCAGAAGAUCAAAGGCUUUGAGACAGAGACAGUACAAAGCAGAAAACCAAGUUUUGAUGAAAGAGAUCGAACGUCUAGAGGAGGAAAGGCUUGAACUUAAAAAGCAAAUACGAGGGUUGGUGAAAGACAAAGGAAACACUGGUUUCAGCAAUUCAUUACUUGAAGUUGAUGAAGAGGAGAGGCCAGCCAGAAUCACUCAGACUCGAACCCCAAUCAGAACCACAGACAAUGAGUUAAAGCAGAAGAAUGAGUAUUUACAGAAGGAACUAAACCACAAGGAGAGAGAGCUGGAGCUGAAGAGAACUGAAUCUUCACAAUUUAAAGCCAAAUUGGAUGAAAUGCUGAAAGAAAAUAAACAACUGGAACAGGGUAUGAAAGACAUUUUACAAGCUAUCCAGGAGGCCCAGAAGAAUGCGGCCACACAAAUAGGAAUGAACAUUCCCAGUCUGGAAAGACUUGUCAGCGCUCUAGAGAUGAAGAACUCUGAGGGAAAAUUUGAUGCCAACCUGCACUUAAGGGCGCAGAUAGACCAGCUGACAGGCCGCAAUGAGGUACUGCGGCAGGAAAUGAAGAAGGCCCGUGAGGAGGCCGCAAAAACUCUGAAUGAAAUGAUGAAAGCGAAUGAAAAGGUCGCGCGCUUAGAGAUCGAGAUAGAAGCAGCGCAGAAGUCAGUUGGAAGCGGCGUCGUUCACAAGACCCUAAGUCUGCCUGAGGAAAUGGCCCCAAGCAGCGUGGAGGUCAUAAACUCUCUGAACGAAUACCUCAUCCAGCUCCUGCAGGAGAUCAAAAACAAGGAUGACUCUAACAAGCAGCUAGAUUUGGCUUUGGAGGAGUACAAGAGGAAAUUUGCUGUGGUCCGCCAUCAGCAAGGUUUACUGUAUAAAGAAUAUCAGAGUGAGAAGGAAUCUUGGCAAAAGGAGAAAGACUCGCUUAUGGAAAUGAAAACCAAACUGGAGGAGCAGAAAGAAGUGGAUGCAGUGAAAAUUAAAGAGUUCAAUAGCUGGCUGGAAGCUUUGGAAAAGGACCCGUCGGAGACCAAGAGGCAAGUGGCAGAAGCAGCCCGUAAGAUGACAGUUCUCCGGGUGAAUGAGAAGUCUCUGACCAGGCGCUGCACCACCUUGCUGGAGCUGGAACAACACCUGAGAAAGGAGAACGGCAAGCUGAAGGACGACUUUGUGCAAAUGGAGGUCGCUGUUACCGAAAAGAUAGGUUACCUGCAAAGAUUCAAGGAAAUGGCGGCUUUCAAAAUGGCAGCAUUACAGAAGUCUCUUGAUGACAGCGUCCCUGCAUCUGAAUUGGAAAGAGCCAACAAACAGUAUACUGAACUGACAAUCAAAUACAGAGAUCUUCUUCAGAAAGAUAACCACCUUGUUCAGAAAACAACUACCAUGGAAACUUUAGAGAACGAGAACGUCUCUCUCCAUGAUCACAUCAGCUCCAUAUCCAAAGAACUAGAGAUCACCAAAGAGAAACUUCACACGUUAGAACAAGCCUGGGAACACAUCAGCUCAACAGGUGGAGAUAGCGGGAUGAAUAAAGCAGCUAAAGCCAUGGCCAACAGCGAGAUCGUGUCCGUGUCUAAACGGAUCACCACGCUGGAGAUGAAAGAGCUCAACGAGAGACAGAGAGCCGAGCACGCUCAGAAGAUGUAUGAGCACCUGAGAAACUCCCUCAAACAGGUGGAGGAGCGUAACUUCGAACUGGAGACCAAGUUUGCUGAGUUAACGAAGUUGAACCUGGAGGCCCAGCAGACUGAGAGGGAGCUGAGAGAUGAGCUGGCCAACAGCGUGAGCAAAGCUGUGAGUGAGGCUGAUCGAGCACGAAUCGCCCAGCUGGAAAGAGCACAGGUCGAGUCAAGGAUCGAAGUUUCCAAGUUACGGGAGGUGUCUGAUGUGGCUAAGAUGCAGGUGUCUACUCUGGAGGCCAGACAGCAGUGCAGAGAGAAAGAGGCAGAAGCGCUGAGGAAACAGGUGCUGGAGUACCAGGCUCAGUCAGACGAGAAAGCCCUGAUCGCGAAGCUCCAUCAACACAUCGUGGCUCUGCAGCUGAGCGAGACGGCAGCCAUCAGUAAGCUGGAGGCCUCUGCCGUGCAGCUGCGUAAGCUGGAGGCUCAGAAACUGCGGCUGGAGCAGCAGACAGAUAAUCUGCAGCAGGCGCUGUGGCACUCCCGCCAGGAGGGGCGCCAGAGAGCAAGGCACCUGCGGCAGACCAUACAGGCCCUCCGUCAGCAGUUCUCAGGAGCCCUGCCACUAAGCCAACAGGAGAAGUUCUCCCACACCAUGUUACGUCUGCAGGAGGACCGACAGCGAGCGAGGGAGGAGAUGAGGAACGCUGAGGAAGAAAGGAGGAAAGCAGAAGGGAAGGCCCAUGAGCUUGAGCUGAGACUUAGAGGCCUAGAGGAGCUCACUGCUACGCUCAAGGACGCCAAGGGAGCCCAGAAAGUCAGUGAGUGGCAUAAGAAGUUGGAGGAGGCACGUCUCCAGGAGCUGAGGAGGAGCAGGGAGCUGGGCAUGCAGAGGGAGGAGAUCAGAUACCUGAAGAACAUGGUGGCAGAGCAGGAGCGCACCAUCAGCAGCCUAGAGGAGGAGUUGGUACAGCAGAAAAAUCUUCUGGAGGAGCGUCAGCUGACCUGGGAUCAGCGGGAAGUGGAACUGGAGCGUCAGCUGGACACGUAUGAGAAACAGCAGAAUGAAGUCCUUGGCACUGCACAGAAGUUUGAGGAAGCAACAGGUGCCCUGCCAGAUCCUAACUUGCCUCUUGCUAAUCAACUGGACUACGCUCUGAACAAAAUCAAAGAGCAUGUUCGCCUCAUCCUGGAGACGCAGACCACCUGCAAAGUCCUGGAUGAGAAGCUGAAAGAAAAGGAAGCAGCCCUUUGGAAAGCUGAGCAGAACAUUUUAUCGAGGGACAAAGUCAUCAACGAGCUACGCUUGCGUCUCCCCGCCACUGCUGAACGAGAGAAGCUCCUCGCCGACCUGUCCAAACGGGAGGAUGACCCGGAAAACCAGCCAGCCCUGAAGGUCGCCCACCAGACCAUAAACAACCUGCAAGGUCGUCUUGACCAGAAGGAGGAGGUCUUGAAAAAGUACCAGAAUCUUCUAGCUAGAGCUAGACAGGAGCAGGAAGAGAUUUCUAAAAGACAUGAAGAAGUGGUUAGGACGCUGCAUCAGAAGCUGGAACUGCACACAGAGACAUCUCUAGACCGCUUUAAACAGACAGCUCUGGAGCUAAUGAAAAAACCCACCAUUGCCGUCCCAACCAGCAAGCACCUGGUGCGUUUGGCAGAGAUGGAGCAGACGGUGGCGGAGCAAGACAACUCGCUGUCUUCACUCACACAGAAGCUAAGGGCCGUGACAGCGGAGCUGGACAAGCAGAGACAGCUCUCAGUGUUACAGGCCAAGGAGCACAAUCUGGACAUGGCUAAACUGGAGGAGCGUCACGUGUCCCAGACAAAAGGUCUGGCACAGGAGGCUGAGGAGCUGAGGGUCCAGUUGGCCCAGAUGGAGAAGGAGGUGCAGUACCUCCGUACAGAGUUGGAGGCCCAAAAGGAGGCCAACGUCAGGUCACCGAGCAACACGAUGAAGAAUCUUGUGGAGCGUCUGAAGGCUCAGCUUGCCCUGAAGGAGAAACAACAGAAGGCACUUAGCAAAGCUCUUCUUGAACUACGUAAAGAACUGAUGUCGCACGCCGAGCAACAGAUCAUCAUUAACGCGGCACAACGGGAGGAGACCCUCAACAUUGAACAGAUUGUAGACAAACAUACCAAAGAGCUGAGAGCACGUGUUCAGGAGCUGACUGAGGAGCUCCAGGGAGCUAAGGAGAAUGUGCGGGCGACCAGAGGGAGAGAGAGCUCUCUGAAGGAGGAGGUGGAGAACCUGAACAGGGAACUCCAAAGGAGCCAGAAGACCCAGAACAGACUGCAGAGCGAGAAAGAAACCUUACAGGAUGAGCUGGAGGAGGUCAAACAGAAGGUCAAAAGGCUCACCAGUUCACUCCAGGCUGAGAGUGAAGGAAAGGGGCCAGCAGUGGAGGCUUUGCAGAAGAAGAUUCGCAAGCUGGAGUCAGAGCUGGAGAGGAGAAAUAUGUCCGAACACACGGAAAAAAAGACCGUGAGGGAGGACAAGUCCUCCAAAGAAGAAAUGAUGAGGUGGGAGGAGGGUAAAAAAUGGCAGGCCAGGAUGGACAAACUACGGAAUAUUCUGAAAGAGAAGGAAAAAGAGAUGGAUGUGUUGUCCAAACAGCAUGCCACAUUGAAGGAACUCUACAACAGGCUGGAACAGGAAAAGGCAUCUUUGCAGAAAAAGCUGAGGAGCCGCGGAGUGACGGCAGACCAGGUGGUGGGAACACGGACGCUGGAAUCUGAGAGAGAGGUAGAGGAGCUGAAGAGGAGGAACGCAGACCUGGAGCAGCUCAUUCAAACCAUAAAACAGCAGCAGGCCUUACCUCGAGAUGCGGCAAUGGAGGAUAUGGCCCUGAGGAACCAGUACCUGGAGGAGAAGCUUCACUCCCUGGAGAAUCAGUUGUCUAAGGAGCCUCCAUCCAGGCCAUCAACUUCGGGCAGAGGCUCCGGCACCCCCUCUCAGAAAGAGCACGAGCUACAGAGAGAAAACCUGAAGCUGUCCUCCGAGAACCUGGAGCUGCGCUUACAACUGGAGCAGGCCAACAAGGAUCUGCCCAGACUGAAGGACCAGGUCACCGACCUUAAAGAGAUGUGUGAGGUUUUGAAGAAGGAGAAAGCCGAAGCAGAGAGGAAACUCGGGCAGGUGCGCGGGUCCGGCCGCAGUGGCAAGACUGUCCCUGAGUUGGAGAAGACCAUCGGGCUGAUGAAGAAGGUGGUGGAGAGAGUCCAGAGAGAAAACGAGGGUUUGAAAAAGACCUCGGCCACAGCAGCUCAGGAGCAGCUGGCCGAACUGGAGCGGGAACACGCAAAACUUAAGUCUGAGUACAACAGACUGAAGACACAGACAGAGGCACAGAUAACCGCAAGACUUGAAACAAGAGCAAAAGGAGUAGAGAAAAUCGUGAUGGAAAAUGAACAGCUUCGCAAAAAUAUUAAAAAGGAGACGGAGGCUUGUGAAAAGCUGCGUGUUGCCAAGGCCAGUCUAGAGGUGACCAAUGAGAGACUGCAGGCAGAGCUGGAGGAGGCCAAACAGAGAGUUCUGCUGGCCCGGGCCACAGGGUCGUCCAAAGAAGUGCCCGAGAGCAAAAACUGGAAAUCCACCGUGGUAACAAGGUUAUUUGAGACUAAAAUGAAGGAGCUCGAGAAUGAAGUCUCCCAGAAGAACUCCCGUCUUUCUGAGCUUCAGCUACAGCUGAGAGAAGCCAAAGAGAAGGAUCAGGACACUCAACGUGUCAUCACUGAACUUAAAGAGCAGAUGCAGCUCCUCAAAAAUUUUCCCGCAGGGGCGAAAAAAGACGACCUUUUCAGGGAGUUCCAAUCCACAAGAUUGGCCAAUAAUAAACUGGAGAAGGAGAAAGCUGCACUUCUUCAGAAGCUUCAGAUGUAUGAAGAACAGUUUGGGACCAGUAUGUCUGGACCAGGAUACACAGAGCUCCAAGCACAGAUGAAGGCAGCAGAAAUUGAAAAACAACAAUUACAGGAUGAAGUGAGGAAGCUGAAGAGAGAGCUGGAAAACUUUGACCCGACGUUUUUCGAGGAACUUGAGGACCUGAAGUACAAUUACAGCGCAGAGGUGAAGAAGAACAUCAUUUUGGAGGAACAACUGAAAAAGCUGAGCGAUCGAUUCGGAGUGAGCGUAGAUAUCCCGACAAACGUGUCCAUCAGUUAA